AUGUCGGAGUUUCGUGUGGUACAGCUAACGCAGGAGGCGCUUAAGAUUCAAUGCAAGCUGGACGAUUUCGAAGAGUGGGGCGCGCCAAUGCUGGAUAUGGCACAAUACCAGCGCAAAGAAGCGUUGCAACGAGCGUCGCCAUUUUCGCAACGCGGGUCCAUCUUUUGGGCAUUGGUAGACCACAAAAGAAACGAGAACAAUGACGACGCCGAUCUCGUCGCAGGUCAGACAGUACUGUAUUGUCACUGCGAAAGUCAUCGCUUCGAAUGCGUUGUGCGUCAUGGCUCCGGAGAAAUUGAACGGGGUUACUCUCUUCACAUCGGGUCCGUGUUCACGCUACCGGAGCACCGCAAACAAGGACUCGCCAAGUUUUUCUUAGAGGAAGUAGCGAAGCAGUUGCAACAACUUCCAGGAGCACUUCUUUCGGUGCUGUAUUCGGAUAUUGGUCCAACGUACUAUGACAGGCUUGGGUGGAAGUUGCAUCCAUCUAAGAUGGCUACGAUAGAUGUGGCAGAGCUCCGCACUUCUAACCUUACCAGCAGCAAAAAUAUCGAAGCAAAGUCGCUGUUUCUGGAUGCGAAUCUUGAUAAGUUUUUACGCGCUGAUAAUGAGAAGUUAGUCCGAGUGCUGGAGCAUGAGAAAUCUCAAGGUCGGGAUGCUUUUGUGGUGCUACCGACUCGCGACUCGAUUGAGUGGCAGUUCUGCAUCGGCGAGUAUUAUGCUCGAACCCUUGGCUACAAAGAGCUUCCGUCUUGCUGCGGCAUGAAAAUCAACGAAGAAUCCUUCAUCAUCUGGUGCCAUAAUGUGAAGGAAUCCACUUUGUACAUCCUUCGUGCCCGUCUUCCGGACGCGUAUGAGGAUGCUGCCGAAAGUGUACAAUUGCUGUUGAAUGAAGCACUGCUGGAAGCACGCAAGUUUGACCUGAAAAGGGUGGCUAUCUGGGAUCCUCCUUCGUGCUUACUUCACCCUGACGUACGAUGCCGCUACAACAUCACGUUCGCUGAUCGUGAAGACUCGCUAUCGAGCGCUAUGCUAUUCCGUCACUGGAACUCACCCGAUUUGGCGAUGCCUCUUCCGCACUGGAUGUGCAACGAAAAAUACUCCUGGGUUUAG